AUGAAUCAUCAUCUGCCGGCUGGGCAGCCCAUGCCAGGAGGUGUCGGUGGAAUGGGUGGAGGUAGAGGACCGGUAGAUAUGGGUUCAGGUCCGGGGCCACAUACAGGCAAUGGACCAAGGCGGCGGCCGCAGUAUUCGCAUCAGCAGCAUUCGUAUACUCAUCACAACCACAGCCAGCCCAUGUACUACCCGAACAGCCAUAUGAACCCAUAUGCCAAUGCCUACUAUCCCCAGGCUCCGCCGCACUACCCGACUGCUGGCAUGCCCGGCGCUCCAUACGGCAUGCAUUACAACCCGUAUGCUGCACGGUCUCCCCCUGCGAUCCAUCAAGCAUACCCUCCAAUCGUAUCUUCAAGCAUGGCGCAUCCUCCCCAGCCCUACUCGCGCCCCCCUCAGCAGCAGUCGCCAGCUCUCUCGACUCCACCGCCUCCCCCAUACCAUAUGGCACAACCUCCACCGCCUGCGCCGGUCCCCCAGACACCGUCCUCGACACACUCUUCGCAGGCUAUCCAGGCUUCUGUUACACCUACUACACCGCAGAGCCAGGACGUCGUUCCUCAAGCGCCGCAGGAGGUCGAGGUUCUGCCCGCCAAGGCACCCUUCAAGUAUCCUCUACCGUGGCUUUCCGAUCCUGAUUCCCCAUUCCCUACCAGAGCGGCCAAAUCGCGGCGAAGGAGAAAGAUUGUGUCUUCUGUCAAAGGUGGUGUAGAGUUGCCAUCCAACCAGCAAGCAGCGCCCGCGGUAUCGGCCACGCCUACACAGCCAACUCCUGCAGAAGAUGCUGCUACUCCUUCAGCGGUAUCUGCAGAGCGACCAGAAACGCCGUCUACCCAGGACUUGCCUUCAGAAAGCGCACAGUCCACCUCUCCUACGACACCGGCCUCGGUUCAUACCACGCAGACGUCAACUGUAGCGAGUGUCACUCCCACGCAGACUGCCAAGUCAUCUUCCAAGACUGCGACUGCAGUACCAGCAGUGCCCAUUGUUCCUGUACUGCCAAAGGGUAGUCCCAAAGAAACGAAAGCGGCUGCGGGUAUUGAAAAGUCUGGAGGAGAACAAGUCAAGGAGUCAGUGUCUUCCGAGCAGGUGGCAAGCCCUGCAGCCGACAAUGUAGCUGCGGACGCAUCGCCGGAGACCAAACCUGAGCCAACUCCUGCGCCGGUGAAGGUGGCACACAAGUCAUGGGCCGCAAUGUUCGCCCCAAGCCCAACUGCUGCCGCACCAGCACGCGCCGCAACAUCUGACGUCAAUGGCGCCAAGACUGCUGAGGGCGCUUCUGCCAGUGCUGCAACUGUCGCAGGAUUUGCCAAGUCCAAUGCCAGUUCACAGGCUGAGGCUAUUAGAGACUUCAAAGUGAACAACGGAGCCAAAAUUCCAUUUCUGGAGCCCAGAGGUCUAAUUAAUACGGGCAAUAUGUGUUAUAUGAAUUCGGUGCUACAAGUUUUGAUUUUCUGCAUACCUUUUUACGAUUUUUUGGAUCAGGUCAGCAAGAAGGCUGCCCACAGUUUCAACAGUGAAACGCCCCUAAUUGAUGCCAUGAUAAUGUUCAUGCGUGAGUAUAAAGUCAUUGACUCCGCCACAUCUGUGGACCAAUUGCGGCGAAGGUUGAAAAACGAAGAGCUAGAACAAUAUGGCGAGCCCUUUACACCUGAGUUUGUUUACGAAGCUAUCCGGAAGCUGCCGCGGUUUGCGAGCAUGAGACGCGGUCAUCAGCAAGAUGCCGAAGAGUUUCUUGGUUUCCUACUCGAGGCGCUUCACGAUGAAUGCGCAAGUGUGCUGAGCCGCCUGCCAGAGACAUCUGCAACCGGGUCAUCUGCCACAAACCCCAAUACUAACACGCCAACCGAAGCCAAUAACAACACUUGGCACGAGGUUGGACCCAAACAGCGACCGGCGGAGACGCGAUCUUCUGGUCACCCGAUCAUGAACUCGCCGAUUACUACAAUUUUUGGUGGUAAACUCCGAUCCGAGCUGAGGGUACAAAAGAAGCUUUCCGUAACGGUCGAGCCAUACCAGCCACUCCAGCUGGACAUUGACUCACCUCAAGUGCGAAACAUCGUCGACGCGCUUAGGAACAUUACAAGAAUUGAAAACCUCACGGGCGACUUUGAAUCCCUCAAGGGCACGACUGCUGUCGCUCACAAGCAGGUCUUCAUUGAGACACUUCCUCCUGUCCUCAUUUUGCACCUCAAGCGCUUUCAGUUCGAUGCAAAGGGUGGAACCAUGAAGAUCUGGAAAAAGGUCGGCUAUCCUUUGGAGCUCGAGAUCCCCAUGGAGAUCAUUGCGCGCUCCUGCCACCCGGCUGUGAUUCAAGAGUUUGGUGGCACACCCAAAUAUAAGUUGAUCGCUGCCGUAUACCAUCACGGAAAGAACGCCAGCGGUGGCCAUUACACUGUUGACGUUCGUCGCCAAGAUGGCCGAGAAUGGAUCCGUAUUGAUGAUACUGUCAUCCGGCGGGUUCGUAGUGAGGACGUGGCGGAGAGUGGUGCCGAGGAGGACAAGAAGUCCUCUUGGUCCAACGACAAGAAAGCACCUGCGGCGGGUGCUUCAGGCAACAGAUUUGAAGGCAUCGCCGAUGAUGCUGCUGAUGAUGAGGGCUGGAACAAGGUGAGCGCUCCCACGGGCGGUGCCAAGAAAUGGAGUAGCAUCGUCAAUGGCAACGCAAAUCCGCCAGCACCUGCACCAAAACCUAUAAAGGACAACAAGGCAGAUAACAAGGUCGCCUACCUACUAUUCUAUCAGAGAGUCUAG